AACCAUGGUUUAGUGAGUCUGUUGCAUGUCUAAAAACGUUCACGGCAAGAUGGAGUCCUCUGAACCCCCUCCUGUGAAUCCGAUUCCCCCGUCCCCACCCCCACCGCCAGACUUACUCACCACCAUCUCAACACCUCCUGGUCCAGAUCUGCCACAACCAGCGCCCACCCAGCCCGAGACUAGCCCAAUGCCGCCGGUGAAAUCCUUCAAGGACACGUUGGUGGAUGGAAGUGCUUCCAUUGAGCCUCCCCUAAUCACAUAUGAUGAACUGGUGGUUGCAAACCUCAAUUUCGAGUCCUCAAUUCCCAUGGCAGAAGAUGGGACAAAUUCUCCCAAACUGAAGAUCCCCAAAGUCAGAAUACCCAAAUCAAUAUGGCAACGACUUUGUGCCCCUUGGAAGAAUGCAGUAAUCAUCAAGCUUUUAGGGAAAUCGGUUAAUUUCCAUGUUUUACACUCACGUUUGUUGAAGGAAUGGCGAACAGAGAACGAAUUUGAAGUCAUUGACGUGGGUUUGGGCUACUACAUAGUCAAAUUCUCUUCUCUGCAAGAUUGUUCUAGAGUUUUAACAGGGGGACCAUAUAAAUUGUUUGAUCACUACCUGGCUGUUCAACCGUGGGAACCAGGCUUUCAUCCUGCCAGAGCUAAGGCACCUAAGACAGCGGUGUGGAUUAAAUUGCAUGGUGUUCCAAUCGUCUGCUACCAUGAAGCUAUCUGUCUCUAUCUUGGCAGUAAAAUCGGUAAACCAAUCAAAGUCGAUCCUGCCACCCUCCUUGCUACCAGAGGCAAAUUCGCAAGAGUCUGUGUUGAAGUUGAUCUCAGCCAACCCCUUCCAUCCUCUGUGGAUCUAGACUUAGAGGAGUUGCCUCAAUCCCUCAUCCCAAUUGAAUUUGAAGGCUUACACAAAAUCUGUUUCCAUUGUGGUGAAUUCGGACACAUAGAGGAGUAUUGUCGCUUCAAGAAUCCAGGAAAGGCCCCUCCGCCGAGCAAUCCUAGCUCGAAGGCUAUGGUAGAGUUAACUCAAACUCUAAAACCAAAUACAGAGGACAAUGAUAUGACCUUUGGUCCAUGGAUGGUUCAGCAAAGGAAGCCACGCCGACAGCAGCAACUCCGCCGUCCGGUUGAGCAAUCGGCCGGCACGUUCCCUACUCCUCCGAAAAUCCAGGACCACCAUAACUCCACCACAAUUAUUGCCACUUCCGGUUCUCAUGAAUCAAUGCGUAACCGUUUCGAAGUGAUGGCAGCAAUAACAGAGGAAGACACAGCUUUGCUAAACGGAAAUAUGGUUAUUGAACCACCGUUGGCGGGAAUCUCGUCUCCAAUUAAAGAUCCCACAAGCCAUUCUAUGCCUAUGGAUAUUAUCCCCACAAACCUACCUCCAGCUCCAUCAACAGCCUUUGUAAAGCCCAAACCCAAGAAGAAAAAAAUCAAAAUAGGAGGCCCAGUCCUUAAAGACCCUAAGCCUGUUCUUCACAAACCUUAUCAGCCCCCACCGGGCAUCACUAAACAAAAGGAAUACUCACUUGUAUUACCUACAGUAGCAGAAACCCAGAAUUGCAUGGCUGCUACGUCGAGCUCUACCUCUACAGUGGCAGAAGCUAAUCCCCGGCACAAUCAAAGCACCUUACUCGCGGCGUCUGAACAAAAUCCAGCACAGGCACUAGCUUCAAAUGAUUCGGCUAUCAUGAUUGUGACAUGGAAUAGCCGUGGUGUUCGGCAUGCUCCUUUUAGGAGGGAAUGUAAAGAACUGAUUAAGAUGCAAAAACCAGAAAUUAUUUGCUUCUUGGAAACGAAAGCAAAAGUCGACUCACCAGAUCUUAGGUUCAUGUUGAGAUUUGGUUAUGAUCAACAAUACAGAGUUCAUUCUCUUGGCAGAGCGGGUGGUUUAUGGUUGUUCUGGAAGUCCUCUUUAGUGGAUCUAGAGGUGUUAUCAUCUACCAACCAAGCCAUUCAUUGUCUUGUUAGGCAACAACGCCUCCUCUUCCUCACUACUUUUGUAUAUGUGCAGCCACACACUGCCAUGAAAAAUGAGUUUUGGUCUUUUCUGCAUGACUUAGCAUUAUCUAUCACUGGAAGUUGGGUUGUGAUGGGAGAUUUUAACGACAUAGCCACUGUGGAUGAAGCCUCACCUAGAGCAAUGAAUAGAUUCACCAGUGCUCGUCGUUUCCGGGAUCACUUGGACACUUGUACUUUACUUUCAAAAGACUCGUUGGGGUGCAAGUUCACUUGGAUACGCAAAGCCAACGGUAGAACUAUUCUGAGGGAGAGGCUUGAUAGGGCACUCUUCAACAUGGCUGGUCUUGAAGAGUUCCCGGAUGCAAAGCUCAUUAACCUACCUAGAUUAUGUAGCGACCAUCAUCCAAUCAUGCUGAACAUUGACCCCCCUAUUCAGAUUUCAGGUGCUGCAAAGCCACCUAGAUUUGAGGCUGCUUGUACAAUCAGCUUGUUUUACUUGGAACAAAACAGUGUUUGGAGAUUUGUUUCGACGCAAAAGACUCCUUAGAGCAAGACUUGUGGGCAUACAAAACUCCCCUCAUUAUACCUACUCACCUUUCCUGCAAAGCUUGGAAACUGAACUACUGGAAGAGUAUCACAAUGCUUUGCAAGCCGAGGAAUUAUUUUG